AUGAGUAUGCUGAGGAAGCCGCUCAUUUGCAUCGAGGUUGGCACCGAGGAUCUCGACGAGAUGGAGAAAGCGCUAACGAAAGCCGCGGAUCGAUCAAAAGUGCCAUCUUCUGGAGUCGAGGAAAAUAUAGACUUGAAGACGCCAUUGAUUAAAGAGACUCCCGUGGUGAUACCCCCAUCCCCAGGUCUGUCAAUGAUCACGAACACUUCCACUCCGAUGAUGAGUACACUCGAUUUUGCCACUCCCUCGAUCUCGGCUGCAACGAUUGGACUGGCGAACACGCAAAUCACGCCAAUUGGAAUCGCUGCCCCACCCGACACAUCACAAUCGUCGAGCUCUUUUCGAACACCACAAGUGCGCUUGUUUCCUGGAAGCAGCACCUCUUCGUCG